UCACAUGACCAUUUUCAGCCAAUCAGGUGCGGCGGCUCCGGUAGAAUUGCGGAUUCAAAACUGUAUCGGUUAAAUUUGUUACAAAGUUGCGAGCGAGACUUCGAAUUAAUUACUGUUUCGCGGGGCGACGUAUCUGAAACCUUCGUUGCUGAUUUCAUGAUCAAAAUGUCUCAGAAACAUAUCUACUACUCUGAUAAAUACACAGAUGAUCAUUAUGAAUACAGGCAUGUGGUUUUACCGCGGGAACUGGCCAAACAGGUGCCCAAAUCCCAUCUGAUGUCCGAGGAUGAGUGGAGGAGACUGGGCGUGCAGCAGUCACUGGGAUGGGUCCAUUAUAUGAUCCAUGAGCCUGAACCUCAUAUUCUGCUGUUUAGGAGACCUCUACCAAAACAAUGAUGUCUUUUUCCUACUUAUCUGGAACGUUCCUGUGGAUGAAUCUGGUAUUCAGUGAAUACUUGUGAACUUUACCACGUUUCUGGACUCCUGUGGACACGAUGCUGUGUUUGACAGCGUUUAUGCACGGACAGAGAAUCAAGGGGAAUAUGGGAAUGUAUUUUCAGUGAAAAUUGGAGGGCUCUUAACUCAUCAAAAAUCAUGUGACCAAAAGUGCCUCUUGGGGUGAAGCUAAACCUUUAAAGAUGUGUGUGAAAUAAAAAUCUGUGAUGCAUUAUCAGUGUUUAAGAAACUUAAAUUGGUGUUCUUUAUGGCAGACCAAAAGAAAAUGAAACUUAUUUGGUUAAAAAAGAUGUACUGUAAGUGCAAGUUCAUUUGUGUGUAUCUAAAUACUGUCCUUCUGUUAGGUUGUGUAUUAGCUGAGAUUUGGAUAAUUCUCAGGUUAAAACUCUGGUUUGCAUGUGAUAUUUCAGGGAAGGCUAUUGUAUACUGUAAAGAUGUUUUAUAUGUUUAAAUGGUGCUCGUAUUAUGUAUAGGAUGUGCACGCUUACAGUAUUUUAAUGUGAUGAAAGGUAGCUAUAAAGGAAGAGCACUCUCAUAAGAAAAAAUAUCUUUAUAGACUUUAUGACAGCACUAUCUGCUGCUGUGCAACUUGAGAACAUUUGGAAAAUGUUGACAGUGUUUAUAAAGCAAGAACAAAUAUUUUGGCCCUUUAUUACAAGAAAAAUUAUGACUAUAAUUUGUUUGAUUCUCGAUUAUAUUCUUGCUACUUUUUGUAAUAAAUGCAGCCUUGUAUAAGUGU